AUGAUGAGCCAACAAUUCAAACCCGACACUAGGGGAAUCGAAGUAGUCCAGUGGUUCCCCGAAAGAGUUGUAAACAAAACUUUCCUCCUCGCAGGCUUCAUCCGCGGCGAACUCGCCGCCACAACAGCCAACGUCCUCGCCCACGGCGGCGCGGCCUGCAUAAUCUUCACCGGCCGCUCCCAAUCCGAAGUCCAAUUGUCCAUCAACCACAUCAAUCGCAAACACCCACAGACAAAGAUCCUCUUUGUUACCGCCGACACGUCCAGUCUAUCGGACAUGUGCGAAGCAGCGCGGACAAUCAAGGCCCUCGGCGUACCGAUUGACGGCGUAGUUUGCUAUCCGACCGUUAUGGCGGCUGAUUGGCAGAAGACGGCUGAUGGGAUUGAGUCUCAUUUUCAGAAUAAUUAUUUGGCGUAUUUUGUGCUUGUUAAUGCUUUGUUGGAGAUUAUGGAGCGUGGGUCGAGGGUCGUGUUGAUGACGACUAGUGUACGGCGGGAGGCACCGGCGCCGAAGUGGGAGGAUAUUAAUUUUGCGGAUGGGGAGACAUAUCACUCUCUGGAUGGAUACUCGCAGUCGAUGUUUGCGAACAUCUUGUUCGCCAAGUCGCUGGCGCAGAUAUGCGCCAAAGAAUCUGUUGCUGCAUUCUCGGCCAAUCCUGGAAAUACCAAGACCAAUGUGCAAACGUACGUCUCGCCCGAGGAGGUAGCAUCGUGGUUGCAGCGCAAGAAAGAAGCUGGCGAGGACCUGCCUAUCUUACUCCAACAAGCCCCCAAAUCGCAAUCGCAAGCAAGUGCCACCAUAAUCCGAGGGCUUCUUGACCCUAUACUGGCAGAACAAUCCGGCGCUUUCCUGGACAACUGCGAAGUCCUAACCCUGCCGUACCUCGAUUUUCCUGCCGGAGAAGAAACUGCUACUGCGCUAUGGAAGCAGAGCGAGGCUUUUGUCGAAGCGGCCGGAUUAACUCAAGUCGUCUAG